UUAUUUCACCAAACUGAAAGAAACCUUUUUGUUUCGUCAAAAAAAAAAAAAAAACCUUUUGUAUGUAAAACCCUAAAAUUCGAUUAACAAGUGUGUUGUGGAGAGAAAUGAGCUCAGAGGCGUUGCUCAAUUACGACCCUCCGGAGCUGAGUUUCCAAUUUGAUCAGAACAGACAGCUAUCAUCUUCUGUCCGAUUGUUGAAUGAAACCGACGAUUAUGUUGCUUUCAAGCUCAAGUCCACUAAUCCGAGAUAUUAUGUGGUUCGACCAAGAAUUGGAAUUCUGUUGCCUCAAUCAACUUGUGAAAUCAAAGUGACAAUGCGAACCCUGAGGGAAUCUCAGCACAGUCUGAGGUCCAAGGACAAGUUCAUGAUUGAAAGUGCAGCUGCAGCUCCUGAUACAACCGUGGAAGAUGCUCGGAAACUGUUUGAUAAGGAGUCUGGACAUCCUAUUCAAGAGUUCAUACUACGAGUCAAUUACAGUAGGCCUACAGAAUCUUCACCUGACACAUCUGUCAUUGAAAAUACAGAUGUAUCUGCUCCUGAGGUUAAUAGAUCUCUUACGGAACCUCAUGAGAACGGGUUACAGGUCGCUAGCUCUGUCACUGACUCUCAUGACAAUAAUUUACGGGUCAUCAACAAUGUUAACGAACUUCGUACCAAUGGCACACAGGAAAAUGAUAUCACUCGUAGUGGUGACUCAAUUCUCAGGCGCUUUAUCAGUAAUUGCACUGGUGAAUCAAUUCUAAGGGAGGUCAUUGGUAGCUUGCUGAUAUUAGUAUUCUUAUACCUCAUGAAACAGACGAUAUCAUGGAUCUGGAGUCUGGUAAUGUUUGUGGUGAUAAUGAUAAUAAAGAUGAUAAAGAAGUUGGUGUCUGAUUCUGUUGAAGACUGGAUAGUGAAAACACUUAUACAUAUCGUUAUGUAUAUUCUAUUUGGGCGCAAGGAAAACACAGGCCUUACGUAGCUCUCCGCCUUCUUGUGUCAAUGAUAGUGAUAAACAGGGUUAUGAAAGGAAGUAUGUGUUCUAUGUGAAGCUAUGCCUGCAUGUAAAUUAGAAGCAUUUGGAGUUUUGUACAUGUUCUCUUUUAGACGGCGUAUAUUAUUACAAUGGAAUGGACUACAGAUAGUGAUUGUAAGCAUUUGCCACGAAAUGAGAGACACCCCCACACUGAAAGGUGGUAGGAGUACUAUUUUUGCCAUCAUGUUCAUAUUUAUUACUACUAUUAAUAUUUAUUCUUCACUUGGAUCA